UUAAAACGCUUUAUGGCACAGAGGCUACAACAGGGUCCGAAGUCCACGAAAGUUUUGCUGAUAAGAAGAGCCAAUAAAAGCAGCAGAGCGGCAGUGUAAACACGUCUACCUCUGCCCGGAGCGGCCCUUAUUCCGCGGAUUUACAUCAGCCGGCCCACUCAUUACCAUGUUUUAUUUCCCCCCUGCGCUCAGAGCGCAUCAUGGCAAAGCGGCUCCAUCCUCCCCUCCAGCAGGGAAGUGAGUGAAGCAGACCAUCGGAGCAGGUGUCGCGGAAAGAAAGAAACUCCCCCCCACAGCCCCGGAGCCAAAAAUCCUGGACCUUUAUUUAUUUAUUUUUAAACUUUUCCCCCCCACCUCUACUUUUAAGAUCCGUUCAACCUGCGUCCUCCCCAGUGCUUAUGUCGUGUUUUUAAUGUUCUCCAACAUGGUGUCAAAGCUGACGUCCCUGCAGCAGGAGCUCCUCAGCGCCCUGCUGGACUCAGGAGUCACCAAAGACGUUCUGAUCCAGGCCCUGGACGACAUGGACCCCAGCCCGCCGCCGCCGCACGGCUUCGGGGUGAAGAUGGAGAGCAUGCCCGUGUCGCCCGGCAAGAUGAACGGCGCCGACGCGGACUCCAAGCCCGUCUUCCACACGCUGACCAACGGGCACGGCAAGGGCAAGCUGUCCGGCGACGAGGGCUCCGAGGACGGGGACGACUACGACACCCCGCCCAUCCUGAAGGAGCUCCAGUCGCUCAACACGGAGGAGGCCGCGGAGCAGCGGGCGGAGGUGGACCGCAUGUUGGCAGAGGACCCAUGGCGCGCUGCUCGUAUGAUCAAAGGUUACAUGCAGCAGCACAACAUCCCCCAACGGGAGGUGGUGGACAUCACGGGCCUCAACCAGUCCCACCUCUCGCAGCACCUCAACAAAGGCACGCCCAUGAAGACGCAGAAGCGAGCGGCUCUCUACACCUGGUACGUCAGGAAGCAGCGGGAAAUUCUUCGACAGUUCAACCAAGCAGCACACGGUUCCAUCGGCAGUAUGUCCGACAAAGGCAGCCAGGAUCCGGCCUUUUUCUACCCGGAGUACAACACGUCCGGUCCGGGCAUGGGUCAGUCCAACGAAGAGGUCGGCAGUGAGCCCCUGAGUAAGAAAAUGAGGCGUAACCGCUUCAAAUGGGGGCCUGCCUCCCAACAAAUCCUGUACCAGGCCUACGAGCGGCAGAAGAAUCCCAGCAAAGAGGAGAGGGAGGCUUUGGUGGAGGAGUGCAACAGAGCUGAGUGUCUUCAGAGGGGCGUGUCUCCCUCCAAAGCCCAGGGACUCGGCUCUAACCUGGUCACCGAAGUGAGAGUUUAUAACUGGUUCGCCAACAGACGGAAGGAGGAAGCCUUCAGGCAGAAGUUGGCCAUGGACGCCAUCACCGCCCCGUCGCACGGCAUCAACCCGCUGCUGUCGCACAGCUCGCCGCACCAUCAGACCAGCGCUUCCCCUCCAAUGCGUUAUGGCCAAGGUCCUGGCGAAGUCUCCUCCUCCACCGCCAUCAGUCACCACAGCAGCAACAGCCAGUCGGUGCUCCAGCAGGUGUCCCCUGGAGGACUGGAUCACAGCCACAGUCUGCUGUCACCUGACGCCAAGAUGAUUUCAGGCUCAGGCGGAGGACUUCCUCCCGUCAGCACGCUGACAAACAUCCACAGUUCCCAUCACAGCCACCAGCAGACACAGAACCUCAUCAUGCCUCUGUCUGGAGUCAUGGCCAUAGCACAGAGUUUAAACACGUCACAGUCUCAGACGGUGCCGGUGAUCAACAGCGUGGCGGGGAGCCUUGCAGCUCUCCAGCCGGUGCAGUUUUCCCAGCAGCUCCACAGCCCCCACCAGCAGAGCCUGAUGCAGCAGUCUCCCAGCCACAUGAGCCAGCAGCCCUUCAUGGCCACAGUCACGCACUCACACAUGUAUUCCCACAAACAAGAGCCCCCCCAAUAUUCCCACCCGUCACGUUUCCCCUCGGCCAUGGUGGUCACGGACGCCAACAGCAUCAGCACCCUCAGCUCCAUGUCCUCGAGCAAGACGGACGCUGCUGUAAACAAGAUGAUGCAACUCGGGGGUCUCUCCUGGUGUCCCCUUCAAGCUUGGUGAGAGCGUCCGACCGACUUCCCCGCUGCUCGGCAACCGGAGCGCAUUUUUUCACCCUCCCACCGAGGUUAACAUGACAACUGGUAAUGGGCCGCGGCCGCGUGCUGGACGACGGCUCGGUCAACAAACAUGGAGGAGCGGCGGCGGAGCAGGCGAGGCCGUGGAAGUGGGAGCCUGGGAGGGGAAGGGGGGGGGACAGUCUGGAUGCACCUCUGCAGCACAUGAAUGAUCAACAGGGAUGUUUUUGAUUCCAACUCAAAUCUUAGAAAACAGUGUUCAGUUUAAAGAAAAAAAAAGUCAUCUUCUGUGAUCACAUAAAGGAACAAAAAAGCACCAGAAUUAACUUUGUGGACCUUAAGAAAGGGACUGGGAUGACUUAAACUGCAAAUAUGAAGACGUUUGAAGAGGAGAGGACUUGUCUGCACGCGAGCGACCCCCUGUGACAAUCACAACGACCACUAUUGAUCUUCUGCAUAGAUUUCUUACUGGUCUUUAAAGGAGUCUUCCAUGUUUUUUCUUUCACACUCGGUUUACUGUACCAGCAUUACUGCGAAUGAUUGCUUGGAGUCGUCCAUCGUGUAUACUGUGAUUUGAAAAGACUUUGACAAUCUCAAAAAAAAAAAAAGGGACUAUGCAAUGCGUUGUAUAACUGGAUUCUGCACAAAAAAAAAAAACUCCACACACUUGAGGCUGGAAAGGAAGAUGCACUACACAGCUGUUGUAUACUGUAUGAUAUAAGUUGUAAAAAAUAACAAAAAAAAAAAAAAAAAGUAGAGAUUUGUGUGUGUGAUGGCUACGCCAAGCUGAUUUUUUUUGCCUCUGUCCGGAGAGGCCAGACUCACUUUUCACGCUUUAAAUGUGGCCUUUCCCUUCCAUGGAAACCUCUGGGUGUUGUUUGCGCACAAGCACAGGUGAAUUUCAGGAAUGGGACUCACCCUGCAGCCGGCCUUUAUCUCCUCCACGCUUCCUUCCCGCAAAGGAAAAAAAAAAACAAGAAAAAAAAAA